UUGAAUUUCCAGAAGCAUUCAUGUGUCAGCAAAACAAAAACAGGUGUGCUACUUUUCACCUGUCAUGUAGGAAUGUUUUGGUGUUUGUGGUGAGAAAGGACGUAUAGCUAUAUAAGUGUGAGUGUCACAGAGUCAGCUCAUCCUCUGCUCAGGACGCAAGCUGGUUUCAAGAGAUCCUGACUGCAGUGUUUUUUCUGGACGUCUUCACAAACCAAAAUGUUCUUCUUGCUGUUCUUUGCUGUGCUCUGCGCCAGCUGUCUGGCAAAACCUGCCUUGGUGCACUACUCCUACUCUCGUGCUGUUGGAGGUGGUAGUGGCAGUGCCUUCUCCAUAGCCGGACAGGGAAGGAUCACAUCGAUCAGGCUUUGGGAGGUUCCUAGCUCUUACAUCACUGGUAUCCAAUUACAAUACAAUAACAGUUGGACUGCAAGGGUUGGUCGCUAUUAUGGUGCUGUGCAUCAGCUCGACCUGUUUGAUGACGAGGUCAUUGUUCAGAUUUCUGGUAAAUACCACAGCAACUACAUCUAUCAGCUGAUAUUUGUGACCUCCAGAGGGCGCUCUCUGGUUGCCGGCCAGCCAACACAGAAAUCCUUCAACUUUUACCCGAUCCACAUGGACGCAGAGCUCAGACUGCUGAGUGGCCGAACUAAUGGUGCUGGGAUCACUGCACUGGGAGCUCACUGGGCGGCGGUCUACAUGCAUUCAAACAAUGCCACAGCUAGCAAAUAAAGAAUGACUGAAAAUGUAUCAGUGUAAUGUAUCAAAUGAAGGGGCUUCAAUGAAAGCAUUGAAGGAAACAGUGAGUGCAGUGAUUUAUCACACUUAAUCAAAAUCAUAUUCUGACAAAUGCAAGGACAACAAGAGAUCGUAUGAGUGCCUGCACGGUUUUUAUUCCUGUAUAUUUUUUGGCUGGAGAAAUGUUCAAUCUGUGCUCUAUUAAAUUCUGUUGCAUGCAAAGUACUCUUGAUUUGUCUUUUUCCCCCUUAUGACCUUGUGGUAAUUAUACAAAAUGUAUUCUUCUGUCUCAUAAAUUAGACAUUGGUUAAGUGUCUCAUUAUUAUCAAUUGUGUCUGUUUUUCCACACCAUUGACAAAAUGUACAAAAUCAACAUCAAAUAAAAAGUUUCUGGGUGCAGAAAUGUAGACAAAUGACUAUUCAUGUGUGUGACAUUUAUUUAAAUAUUUUAACUAAGUUCUUUUUAAAGAACAUUUUGCAGUGUUCAUA